AUGGGACCUGAGGCUGUAGCAGCAUAUUUUCUCCUCUGCUGUUUCCUGGGAGUUAACGGUAUCGACUCAGAGAGAUUUAUCCAGACCAACAAAGACCUCGUCCUCGAUAUAAAGCCACCAGACAAAAAUGACACAUUUGACUGGAAAUUUAACCCCAGCAAAAAUAUAUGUCCAGCUCAAAGACAGUGGGAGAUACACAGCUGUGUCGUCUGGACACAAUUCUCCUCCAACAGUCUCCAACCGUCUCCUCCAACAGUCUCCUCCAACAGUCUCCUCCAACAGUCUCCUCCAACAGUCUCCAACCGUCUCCUCCAACAGUCUCCUCCAACCGUCUCCUCCAACCGUCUCCUCCAACCGUCUCCUCCAACAGUCUCCAACAGUCACCUCCAACAGUCUCCUCCAACCGUCUCCUCCAAAAGUCUCCUCCAACAGUCUCCUCCAACAGUCUCCUCCAACAGUCUCCUCCAACAGUCUCCUCCAACCGUCUCCUCCAACAGUCUCCUCCAACAGUCUCCUCCAACAGUCUCCUCCAACCGUCUCCUCCAACAGUCUCCAACAGUCACCUCCAACAGUCUCCUCCAACCGUCUCCUCCAAAAGUCUCCUCCAACAGUCUCCUCCAACAGUCUCCUCCAACAGUCUCCUCCAACAGUCUCCUCCAACCGUCUCCUCCAACAGUCUCCUCCAACAGUGACUCCUCCAACAGUCUCCUCCGACAGUCCUCCUCCGACACAGUCUCCUCCAACCGUCUCCUCCAACAGUCUCCAAACAGUCUCCUCCAACAGUCUCCAACAGUCUCCCUGAACAGUCACAGUCUCCUCCAACAGUCUCUCCAACAGUCUCCUCACAGUCUCCAGUCCUCCUCCAACCGUCUCCUCCAACCGUCUCCUCCAACCGUCUCCUCUCCAUACAGUCUCCUCCAACCGUCUCCUCCAACCGUCUCCUCCAACAGUCUCCUCCAACAGUCUCCUCCAACAGUCUCCUCCAACAGUCUCCUCCAACCGUCUCCUCCAACCGUCUCCUCCAACAGUCUCCUCCAACAGUCUCCUCCAACAGUCUCCUCCAACCAUCUCCUCCAACAGUCUCCUCCAACAGUCUCCUCCAAACAGUCUCCUCCAACUGUCUCCUCCAACAGUCUCCUCCAACCGUCUCCUCCAACAGUCUCCUCCAACUGUCUCCUCCAACAGUCUCCUCCAACAGUCUCCUCCAACAGUCUCCUCCAACCGUCCUCCUCCAACCGUCUCCUCCAACUGUCUCCUCCAACAGUCUCCUCCAACAGUCUCCUCCAACAGUCUCCUCCAACAGGAACCACAGUUUUACAGAUGAACCAACAGAAACACGUCACCAUCAGUAGAGUUCUGUCAGACACAUGA